GUCCAGAGGCGGCGGCCGGUUCCGUUCAGGCCGGGGCGGCCCGUACCCGACGCACCGAGGCGGAGGGCGCGCGGCGGCGGCGGGCCCGGGCCGGGGCAAGGGUAAGGUCCGACACAAGGAGUCCCCAAGAAUGGCCAGCAGUCCUGGAAGUAAUGCAUCCCUCUCCCAUGAGAAAACCAUACUCUCAGAAAGUUCUCAAGAAAAGAAAUCACAGUAUUCUGAAGAGGAGUCCUUUUAUAUGAACUGCAGAGCAGCCUACCUAGCUGUUUUUAAAAGCAGCUUAGAAAAUAUUAAAUCAAAAGAACAACUCUGUUUAGUGCUUCAACAGGCUGGAAGAAAUCCAUCUCAGAAGAUGGUUAAUCAGUACUGGACUCCCAAGACCACCACACUGAAUUUUGAUGAUUUUUGCAAUAUCUUAAAAAAAGAAAAACCAGCUACAAAAACAGAACUGCUCAAAGCAUUUUUAAAAGUAGAUACAAAUAAUGAUGGAUAUAUUUUGCACUCUGAACUUUAUAAAAUUCUUACAAUGAGAGGUGAGAAGAUGACUGUAGAGGAAGUGAAUGCCAUCACUAAAUUGGCUGAUGUAAACAGCAAUGGCAAGCUUGAUUAUAACAAGAUUGGUCGUUUAGUGAUUGGACAGAAUGGAAUUCUCUCCACCCCAGCUGUCUCCUGUAUUAUUAGAAAAAUCAAAGCCAUUGGUGGCAUCAUUUUGACAGCCAGUCACAACCCUGGUGGCCCAAAUGGAGACUUCGGCAUUAAAUUCAAUAUUUCCAAUGGAGGUCCUGCUCCUGAAGGUAUUACUGAUAAAAUUUUCCAAAUUAGCAAGACUAUUGAAGAGUAUGCUAUCUGCCCAGAUCUGAAGGUGGACCUUGGUACCAUUGGAAAGCAGCAAUUUGACUUGGAGAACAAGUUUAAACCAUUUACAGUUGAAAUUGUGGACUCAGUGGAAGCUUAUGCAAACAUGUUGAGGAACAUCUUUGAUUUCAGUGCGCUAAAAGAACUACUUUCAGGACAAAACCACCUAAAGAUACGCAUAGAUGCUAUGCAUGGAGUUAUGGGCCCCUAUGUAAAGAAGAUCCUGUGUGAGGAGCUUGGAGCUCCUGCAAAUUCUGCUGUGAACUGUACACCUUUAGAGGACUUCGGUGGCCACCACCCAGACCCAAACUUAACCUAUGCUGCUGACUUGGUCCAGUCUAUGAAGACAGGAGAGUAUGACUUUGGAGCUGCAUUUGAUGGAGAUGGGGAUCGGAACAUGAUUCUAGGGAAGCAUGGGUUCUUUGUUAACCCUUCCGACUCUGUUGCUGUCAUCGCUGCCAAUAUUUUCAGUAUUCCUUACUUUCAGCACACCGGCGUUCGUGGCUUCGCGCGAAGCAUGCCUACCAGUGGAGCAAUUGAUAGGGUGGCCAAAGCUACAAAGAUCGCUUUGUUUGAAACUCCAACUGGCUGGAAGUUCUUUGGAAACUUAAUGGAUGCAAACAAACUGUCUCUGUGUGGAGAGGAAAGUUUUGGUACUGGCUCUGAUCAUAUCCGUGAAAAGGACGGGCUGUGGGCUGUCCUGGCGUGGCUGUCUAUAAUAGCUGUCCGCAAACAGAGCGUGGAGGACAUCCUGAAAGAUCACUGGCAGAAAUAUGGGCGGAACUUCUUCACGAGAUAUGACUAUGAGGAGGUGGACGCAGACGGAGCUAACAAAAUGAUGAAGGAUCUAGAAACCAUGAUGUUUGAUCGUUCCUUUGUGGGGAAGCAGCUGUCAGCUGGUGAUAAAGUUUACACUGUUGAGAAAGCCGAUAACUUUGAAUACAGCGAUCCUGUGGAUGGAAGCAUCUCCAGAAACCAGGGUUUAAGGCUCAUCUUCACUGAUGGUUCUCGCAUCAUCUUCAGACUAAGCGGUACCGGCAGUGCUGGAGCGACCGUGCGACUAUACAUUGAUAGCUAUGAGAAAGAUGCUCCAAAAAUAUAUGAAGAUCCACAGGUCAUGUUGGCUCCUCUCAUUGGUAUUGCACUGAAGCUUUCACAGCUCCAUGAAAGAACUGGCCGUUCCGGCCCCACAGUCAUCACAUGAAAAGGCUAGGACCUGAUGCUAACUGUGUGCAGUGCAGAAACGGCUGGCUGUGCUGAAUGCGUCAAACGAAAUCAUCCAGUCCUCCUCUUUAUCAAAUUGGUCACUAAAAGCAAUGUUAAUUCUAUUUAAAAGUAUUAUUUAAACUGAUAAAAGGCUAGAUGUUAUUAAUAAACCAAAAUCACCAUUGUUUA